AUAUCAAUCAAAUUGAAAUGUGAAAAAUUUGAACGUGCUGCAGAAUUAAAAAAAGAAAAAAAAAUUUGAAUGCCCCCUACCCAUUAAAAAUGAAAAUCAAUGACUGUCGCCAUUUCUCUGUUAAGGUUGCAUAGAUAGAGCGCAAAAUGGACCAAUCUCUGUGAUCUUUGCUUCUCAAAAUCAAAUCCUUUCAGCCCCUCUUCCUUCCAUGCUUUUCCUACAGGGCUGGGCUUCUGAUUCCCAGAGUAAAGUAGUGAAUAAUGCCAGCAAAACCGCGGAAUGAAGAUCAACGGAUGCACCAUGGUGCUCAAAGUGUGUUGAACUCAACUGCCUCCUUGGAGCCCUGGUGGAAAGCAGUAGGGAUUGACCUCUUAGGUGAAGCUGCUUCAAAGUCAACCUCUGCAGAGAAAAAAAAUGGUCCAACAGCAGAUGGAGAUGGGCGAAAUGGACAUGAUGAACAAUAUCUCAAGCAUGUCCCUUCUGCAGCCCUCAAGCAUGUCCCUUCUGCAGCCCCCCUUACAUUGGUUGAACACCUUGAACCAAAUUCCCAAAUGGAACUAGCUGGCCACUCAAUUGUCUUGAAAUCUUACCCCUGUUCAGAUUCGCAGUACAGUGGAAUACAGGCUUCAUAUGGGCCACAAAUAAUGGUGUCACCACUAUAUGGAAUGCAUCAUGCUAGAAUGCCUUUGCCUCUUCAAAUGGAAGAGGAGCCUGUUUAUGUAAAUGCAAAGCAAUAUCAUGGAAUUUUAAGGCGAAGACAAAUACGUGCCAAGGCUGAGCUUGAAAAGAAAGUCAUUAAAGUUAGAAAGCCAUACCUUCAUGAAUCACGGCAUCUGCAUGCUAUGAGAAGGGCUAGGGGUAGUGGAGGUCGUUUUCUGAAUAAAAAGAAGCUGGAUGAUCACAUCACCAGUCCUAACUCAGAAAAGGGUAUGAAUUCAGAUGAAAACAUUUCAGCUAAAUCAGCUUACUUAUCUGGGUUUGAGUGCUUAUCUUCCAGUGGUACUGGAAAUUUGAGUUCCUUCUACGGACAGCAAGAGGGAAAUGUGUCACUAGUUAAGGAUUUGCAUGAAGCACAGCCUUUAACUAACGGUACACCCCACUUAUCAUCUAAUGAUGCUGAGACGGGUAACUACUUCCACCAGCAGAGGGAUAUGGUGCAAGGGAAUGGGGCACAACAUGGGUCCCCUUCAAUUAAAUGAGAUUCCUUCUUGAGGCAGCGCUGGAGGUAUUUGUCCCUUAGAUGUUGGGUGGCGGAAUCCUUCCCAGAGUGGCGUCUCUCAGGCAAAUCAUUCUUGGCUUUGGUUUGGUUAAGGGGUUAUCAUAUGGGGAAGUAUGUGGUCUUUGGUUUUAUCCACACACUGCUGUUCCUCCUAUUGAUCCCUUUGUAGAAAGAUAAUGUGUGGUAUCGUGUGUGGCAUCGUGCUACCUACAAAAGUGUAUAAUUUGAAACAACUUAUAUUAGAACUUGUGAACUGAAGCAGAACUUACGUAUGACUAAAGAGUUUUAGCAUUUACAUGAGUGUGGCCUUAAUAAUGUAUAAA